CUGUGCUUGAUCGGCUCAUGACUCUAAAUUAUUGUUGAAAAGUCUGUUCCUGAUUGGUUCACGACUUCUACAUCAUUAUUGAAAAGUCUGAGCCUGAUUGGGUCACAACUUCUACACCAUUGUUGAAAAGUCUGUCCCUGAUUGGUUCACGAUUUCUACAUGAUUGUUGAAAUGUCUGAGCCUGAUCGGCUCACAACUUCUGCAUCAUUGUUGAAAAAUCUGCGCCUCAUUGGCUCGCAACUUCUACAUUAUCAGGGAAAAGUCUCCCCAAGCACUGAAAAAAGUACCUGAUACUGAGAGCAGUUGGUCCAUAUACUGAACAUAGGUGUAACUUUUCAAACCCCGCUCCAUAUACCGGGAUAUAUCUGUACUGUAGUAUGACAUUAGUUUAGACAGGGAAUCAAAUGAGUAAUGUCAAAAGAGCAGCUGAGGUUAGCAAUUUUUGAAAACUUUUUUGAGGUUUCUUUAGUUUUAAGUUGUAAUUCUUGACUUAGUAGAUAUUAGUGCUCUUUUGAAAUACUGUUGAAUAGAGGAAACCCAGAACAGUGAUAUGAAAGCCAAAUCACAGCAAUAGUGACUGCAGUUUGGCUUGGACCAAAGGAGCUGUCACUGUAUAAAAAAACUGAUAACUGCAACUAUGAGCAGAAGUUGCAAAACAACUGUGUGUAAUGGAAACACAUUGAAAUUCCUAAGAUUACCUUUACCUUGUGCUUCCUUUGCUUCCUCAGACUAUGCACAACUGAGGAAAAGGUGCAUUUCUCAUUUCACCUCUCUUCUUUUUCCUCUGUUUUUUUUUUUUUUUAGUUUGUGGAAGUUACAUAGAAAAAAAGCACAGGAAAUAACUCUAUAUUUGUUGACAACAGUGCUGCUAGUGGAACUUCCACCGUGGCCCGACUCACAUUUACGAUAAAGCGAAUGCUUGUUAAUUGAUUUGCAAACAAAAUGGUAUCAUUCUGAAUGGAAGCUACUUUUGUCUAUGUGUCUAACAUCAUGGAAACUCCCACGUUGUUAAUGUGUGGCAUUAUGUACUCGGAUAAUAAGACAGGGCAUGACUGGAAUAAACUUGUUUCCUUUAUUAUUAUGACCCUGAAUGCCAGAUUCUGCCCCAUGAUCCUGGAUUUUCCUGGGGUGUCAUGUAUUGAGUCAGUUCUGCCCAAUAAACAGAAUGAAAUGUACAUGGAACGGUUGCAGGAACAUGGAAUGUGUGAACUGACCGGCUGGAAUAUCCGCUUCAUUCAGACAGUCUGGAGGAAAUUCAGUUUCACAAUGUUUGGAUCAAGUCAAUGCUGCUUUCAUUACAUCAGCAAAGGAGUGGUCUGACAACCCCGUGACCAAAUUCCUCAGUUGAUAUAUGCUCCUCAAAAUUACCUGCAUUACUCUCUGAGUUAUUAAUAUUUCAUGUCAUGGUCACAUGUUUCCCUUGUUUGUAUCUGUAGGCAGUCCAUCGGGGUGCUCACGUGGCAGCCAGCGUGUCGCUUACAGCUGGGAAUCCAGAGCCCCAUGAAGGAGUUAUGUAGUGGUUGUACUCAGCGCAUCAGUGACAGGGCUUUUCAUUAAGCAAGUCAAAGAUGUCAACGAUGACUGAAAAUGGAGGCGGAGCAUCCCGAAACAUGAGUGGCGAGAAGACUUACAAAAAGACCACGUCAUCUACGCUGAAGGGUGCUAUCCAGCUAGGCAUUGGCUACACCGUGGGGAACCUGACCUCCAAACCUGACAGAGAUGUGCUCAUGCAAGACUUCUAUGUGGUGGAGAGUGUAUUUCUGCCUAGUGAGGGGAGCAAUCUGACCCCUGCACAUCACUACCCAGACUUCCGCUUCAAGACCUAUGCCCCACUGGCCUUUCGUUACUUCAGAGAGCUCUUCGGGAUCAAACCAGAUGACUACCUGUACUCUAUUUGCAACGAGCCAUUGAUUGAGUUGUCGAACCCUGGAGCGAGUGGCUCUCUGUUUUACCUGACCAGUGAUGAUGAGUUCAUCAUUAAGACCGUUCAACACAAGGAAGCCGAAUUCUUGCAGAAGCUGCUUCCAGGCUACUACAUGAACCUGAACCAGAACCCCAGGACACUCCUGCCCAAGUUCUAUGGCCUGUAUUGUGUCCAGUCUGGUGGCAUGAACAUCCGAGUGGUGGUGAUGAAUAAUGUGCUGCCACGCUCAGUGAAGAUGCACUAUAAGUACGACCUAAAGGGCUCUACGUACAAACGUCGCGCCUCCCGCAAGGAGCGUGAGAAGUCCUGUCCUACCUACAAGGACUUGGACUUCCAGGAUAUGCACGAUGGUCUUUACUUUGACACGGAGACGUACAACGCUUUGAUGAAGACCCUGCAGCGUGAUUGUCGGGUGCUGGAGAGUUUUAAGAUCAUGGACUAUAGUCUGCUGCUGGGGGUCCACGUGAUGGACCAGACCACAAAAGACGGGGAGGUGGUGGAUGCGGCUGCGGACAGGCGGCCCAUAUCGCAGAAGGUGCUGUAUUCUACAGCCAUGGAGUCAAUCCAGGGGGAUGGGAAGGCAGGUGAAGCUGUAACCACUGAUGACACGAUGGGAGGAAUUCCUGCCAGGACACACAAAGAUGAGAAGCUCCUAAUAUUUCUGGGUAUUAUUGAUAUCUUGCAGUCUUACAGAUUUAUUAAGAAGUUGGAACACUCAUGGAAGGCUCUUGUAUAUGAUGGUGACUCUGUGUCAGUACACAGGCCUGGUUUCUAUGCCAACAGAUUCCUGAAGUUUAUGAGCACAAGAGUGUUCAGGAAGAUCCACACAAUCAAACCCUCCCCUUCCAAGCGGAAUCGGAGCUCCAUCCCGGCAUUGAAGUCCUCCUCACAGGAGAUCCUGUCCUCCCAGGGUGAGGAGCGAGCUGAGGAGAGGAAGGACAGGCUUGGCGGAGCCCGGAGUUUGGCCAGUCUGGAUGGGCAAGUUUUCGGCUCUUACCAGCGCCCUGACCUGGUCCCAGCCCCAGUUGCCCUGUAUGAGGCCGGCUCCUUGGCCACCACCAUCUCUUCCUCAUCGCUCUAUGCUAAUGAGCAGUGCCUCGAGGCCCAGUCCAAGCACAGAGAUGAGUUGGCUGCUAGUUCCACCUUCACGCUGGAGGACAGUGCCAUCUGCGUAACACCUGAGGACGUAACGAUGGACGUAGACAGAGACGAUGGCUCUGUGCUUGAUGUCUAUUUGUAAAGAGGGGGCAGCGAAGACGACGGUUUCUUCCCUCUUCACCUUCCUGUAGUCAAGCAUUUGGCAACCAUCACAUUCCGCGGGACUGCGGCUUCAUACAGGCUUCAUCCCCAGAUCUGCAGUGCUACACCACUGACCCAUUCAAAUAAUAAAGCCAGAGAUGCUGCUCCUUUUACUGCAACAUAUUGCCAACUGAUGAAGGCAGGGACACAUAGUCAAAUGGCAGAUUAGCAAUUACAUAGCUGGAAAUGAAAUCAGUGAAAAAGAUAGGGUUAAAUGUUCUGCCUUGCUUCUUCUUGAGAUCCAUGCAAUCAAAUAUUACAUUUUGUAGAGGUUUAUCUUAUCAGGAAAGGUCUCAUUAUUAAACCAUAUGUAUAUUAAUACAUGCCACAAAUUCCAAAUAAACAAGAAGGCACAAGGCAUGGUAGUGCUGGCAGUUCAGCCAGUAUGUUGGGGUUGUGGGAUAUUUAAACAUUCUAUCUUUUUCCUGUCAUGUCGGGCAGUGAAUGGGGUAGACUAAUGAAGACUUGUGUGACUUUUGUAGUCAGACAUGGAGGCAUAGGUACAACCUGUCCCUUGUCUACCACAUAGGUGAAACAUGCAGGUGACUGACUGCAUUCACUCAAAAACAGCACUUUUUAUGUUUGUACUACUAAAUGUAUGUAAUAAAUACUGUCAUACAGUUUUGGUUGGUUACCAAACCUUAAAUAUAUUUUGAUCAGUGGCACAUUUUUUUCAUAUGACCAUAUAGAUAUACGUUUUAUGGCGUGUAUGUUGAACAGUUGCACAAAAGAAGAAUUAACUGAAGGUUUUCAUGCACAAAGAGUGGUUUUGCAGAAUCAUGUCUGAAACUGCAUUUUCUCAGGAUAUCUGUUUCAAACUGAACAUAUAUUCUGUUGCAAGGCCCUACACUGUAGUGCAUUUCAACAACAGCUAGCAGUUGUUAAUCAUUCUUAUGAAGUAUAUCAGUAUACCUUUUGAAUUUCAAGAUUGCACCUGUUUUGGUUCUGAGACCAUAAUUUAUUAAGUCAUAUACAAUAAAUAUAUACAGCUUGCUGAAGAUGAAAAUAUUUUA